AUGCCCGCCGGCGCCGCCGCCGCCGACUCGCUGAAGCCGAGCGCCUUCGUCCCGGUGUGCACGGCCGCGCUGCUGCUGGUCGGAUCCAGCUCCCUGUUCUUCGUCUUCAUCAUGUGUGUGUGUGUGUGUGUGUUCAGAUGCCCGUGGUUGGCUGUCGCCGUCAGCCCUGCUGUGCCGCCAUGCUGCAUCAUCCUCUUCCUCUUUGUGCUGGCCAACUUCACCAUGGCAACCUUCAUGGAUGCUGGUGUCCUCCCAAUUGCUAAUGAAGACGAGGACAAAGACGAUGAGUUCCGCGCUCCGCUCUACAAGAACGUGGACGUGAGGGGGGUGCAGGUGCGGAUGAAGUGGUGCGCCUCCUGCCACUUCUACAGACCGCCACGCUGCUCGCACUGCAGCGUCUGCGAUCACUGUGUGGAGGACUUUGAUCAUCACUGUCCCUGGGUGAACAACUGCAUCGGGAGGCGCAACUACCGCUACUUCUUCCUGUUUCUGUUGUCGCUGACAGUUCACAUGAUCUGUAUCUUCACCUUCGGCCUCAUGUACGUCCUGCAACACAAGGAGGAGUUAUGGAAGCUGCACUGCACUGUCGCUUUGGUCGUGAUCAGUAUAUCGGGUCUGUUUCUGAUCCCGGUCCUGGGUCUCUCCGGAUUCCACCUGUACCUGGUGUCCAGAGGACGCACCACAAAUGAACAAGUAACUGGGAAGUUUCAAGGUGGAGUAAACCCCUUCACCCGAGGUUGCUGUAACAACCUGGAGUAUAUGGUUUGCAGUCCUAUCUCUCCAAAGUACACAGCACGGCCUCGCAUGAAGACAGUCGUCCACGUUCAGCCUCCGUUCCUGAGGCCGGGGGUCAACAGGCAGAUGCCAGUGAAAGUCAGAGACAACGGGAUACACAGUCUCCAAAAUAAAAAAACCUCAGCAGAAGCUGUCGAGCUGUCCGACAUCCAGCCCCAAGCAUCAGGUCCCCCCCCUCUGCCCCCCAAACCCGAGCACGGCCUGCUGAAGGGCCAUCAAGCCGCUAUGGAUGAGAUGGGACAUCACACCAAAACCAUCAUUCCUGUAUCAAUUCCCACAAUCCCACAGCUCCGGCCGGUCCUGGAGGCCAUAUCCAGAGGAUCAUCUCCCAUUCAACCAGAGCAGCUGAUGAAGACAUCAGAGCAGCAGGGGAACAGCAGAAGUCCGGACCUCCGCUCUGCGUCCAGGGAAAGCCCACGAGCCAGCCACAGGGGGGGCGUGGCUGUCCACACAAGCACCGCCUCCAGCUCGCUGCAGCUCAACUCGCUGACACUCAACUCCCGCUCUCUCACCCUCCGGCACAGCGGCCGCCACGGUGGCAAAUCCCAUCUACCUGACGGGUUGGGAUCCAAUCCUCCGCUGGGCCUCAUCUCCUCCUCCAGCCUGCUGUCCGGCCACAGCAGCAGCAGCAACAGCAGCCUCUCCUACGACAACGUCAUCAGCCCUGCGGACCCUCAGUUCCUGGCUCAGAGAGCGGCCCCCCCAGUUGGCUACCACGCUCACUUCAUGACCCUGGGCGCAGACGGCACCGUGGUGCAGCGGCACUCUCCUCACGCCUACAGCCCUGUGUUUAUGGGCGUCAACAGACAGUCUCCUCAGCCUCGAGACCCCUCCCCUUCUCUGCAGGGUCUCGCCUCCCGGGACGCCUCGCCCUCCUUCCAGGGUUUCAUACAGAGAGACCCCUCCCCUGGUUUUCAAGGGCUGAUGCCGAGAGACCUUCUCUCCCAAAGCGUGUCAUCCCGAGACGUCCCCCCUCCAGGUCUGGCCAUGAGGGAUUUGACCUCUCACAGUCUUCGGGACAGCCUCCGUGACCUCGGCCCACAGGGUCUGACCAAUCAGAAAUCGGCUGCUCGCUACGACAGCUUCUCAAAAACCAUGAUGGCGUCUAUCCACGAGAGGCGGGAGACGGAGGAGAGGGACAGGAUGCUGCGCCUCCAAGCCAGGUCUCAGGCGCUCUACGGCCAGGACAUGGGGGUCUAUGACAUCCCCAGCAGGCGGAGUCUACCACCGGAAAACAUCCGGCCUCCAGGCUCCCGGGGGCCGACUCCUCCCGCCUACGGCUCCAGGGAGUUCCUGAUGAGCACGGGCAUCCUUGGCUACGGCAUGAGGACCUCACCCCUCUCCAGCUCCUCCACCUCCUCUCUGACUCGAGGCCCCAAAACCUCCAGCUCUCCUCUGCAGAGCAGCAGCAGCAGCAGCCUGCAGAGCAAAGGCCGGUCGUCCUCCCCGGCCUACUGCCCCCCCGACAGACAGACGCACGGCCUCCCCUCCUCCACGGCCACCCUGCCCCGUUUACCCUCCUCCGCCACCUCCUCCUACGCCUCGUAUGCCACCGCGAAGCGAUCCUCACUCACAUACUCCUCGGAGGGGAAGGACUCGGUCACCCUCGGAGCCCUGAAAUGAGAAAAAGAAACGCGUGAAUGAAUCAUCUAUGCAGUCUGUGUUCACAGCUCCAGAAUACUUUGUAAAUAAGAGGCCAAGUGAGACGUUCCUGUGUGGGAGGGCGUGUGAGAAGCAAUUGCACGGUGAGGGAUAAACUUAGACUUGUAAGUUUGACCAAAUGUGAAAGAUGGUGAAUCUCAGGAUAGUUGUGCCUCCUCUUACAAACAGAGCGAGCUCUAUAAUCUCGACAGCAGCAGAAGAGCUGCGCGAAGAAUACAGAUGAACCUCAUCUGUUUGUAUGUGUUUUGAUAUUGCUUUUGUGAAAUAAUAUAAUACCACUUUAUCUAAUUUGUCUCCUCUCCCCCGAA